AUGGGGGAAGAAAUACCACCUUCCAUAAUCGAUCAAAACGUUACAACAAAAACCAAUCAUUAUCUAACAAAAUUCGUCGAAAAUUUAAGCAAUAGAGUAAAUUCCUCAAUAAAUUCAUUCCAAUUCAUUAACACGUUACAACAAUUAGCACACGCAUAUGAAUUACCAUCAUUUGUAUUGACGGAUGAUGAUCUAUUUGCACCUUCCACACAAAAAUUUUUAGGAGAUUAUUCUUUAGAUGAAAUUCAUUUGUAUCUUGAUAAAUACGGUAUAAAAAAAGAAUUAGCGAAGAGAGGAUACAAAGACAUUAUCAUUAAUCUUGAUACUUCCGAUUAUUUUGUACAUCAAUUGUGUGUAACUGACAAAUCAUUGUAUACCAAUUCUUUGAUUAAUGGACGAUUUUUAAUUAAUUUAUUUGUAAGAAAAAAAGAUUUCAUUUUAAGUGAUUUUAAAACUUAUCAAAUUUUAAGAAGGAUCGAAACUUUUCAUAAUGAAAAGUUUAAAGAUAAACAAAUCCAAAAGAUUAAGUACAUUGAUGGUUUUGGCGCCUCGGAAGUUUAUAAAUUUAUGGAAAAUCAUUUAAACGAUAGAUAUUUAUUAAGUUUAAUCGAAUGGAUUUGUAUGCAAGAUCCACGUGGUGAAUUUUCCAAAGAUAAACCUCAAUUUCCAGGUCAAAAUUAUCCCGGUUUAAGAUUUGGUAGAAAAGCUGGUAAGAUGUUGAUAAGUUUGGCUGUUCACAAAGGUUGGGAUGGUCUCUCUAAUGUUCCUGAACAUUUUCAUAAUGCAUACGUAUAUCACAUGCAACAUUAUACUUUCCUCAAUCCGGCCUUUCAAGCUUAUUUUGAUUGUUUAUGUGAUUCGUUAGCAGAUGAUUUGAGGAUUCAUGGUUUAUCGGCCGUAUCUUGGGCAUUUUGCAAUGGUCAUGUAAGAAAUCGUGAUGAUGAAAUAGAAAUAUUAUAUAAUAUAUUUUAUAAACGUGGUUAUCAAGUUUCGAUAGAUUGGGAAAAUGCUAAAGAAAUUUGGAGAUAUUCUUUAAAUCAUGAAUUUAAUGAAGUUGCCAAACAUUUCGGUGAAGAUAAAGCUGAAGAUAUUCUUCACAAUGAGAUGAUACCUUCAAUGUAA